AUGUCCGAGAAAUCUAAUGCAUCUGUAAAAUGUAUACUGAUCGGUGAAAGUGGAGUAGGGAAAACUAGCCUGGUGGUCAGCUACACUAAAGAUGAUUAUCCCGUUCAACAUGAGCCUACGGCCUUUGAUACCUACGUUGUGGAUCUCCGUGUUGAAAAUCGUCAAGUAAACCUGCAGAUACAUGAUGCUGGUGGCGCCCCCGGUGUUCGUUCCCUCCGUGAGUUAGCCUAUCCUGACGUGCACGUGGUGAUCUUUUGCUUCUCCGUGGUGCAGCCGGCGACCCUUUGGGCCCUGCGUGACUGCUGGCUGCCUGAGCUGGCCGCCAGCGGCCUCAUUCUCAACCCUUCCGCCCUCGAAACAGCUUCGCGCAUCGGCUGUCUCCCCCCGUCAAAUCCCUUGGCCGUCGCUCCUCGUCCUCCCGGUCCUGCCUUCAUCCUCGUUGGAUGCGCUUGCGAUCUGCGCAAUGAUAUCAAGUGCCUCCUUGACCUUUCGAUGCGGAACGAGCUGCCUGUCAACGAAGCUGUGGCGCAUCGCCUCGCGGUGGAGUUCGGUGCCGAAGCUUACAUCGAGUGCUCCGCGCUCACCCAGAAGCAACUUAAGAAAGUUUUCGAUCUCGCCGUGUGGUACGGUCUGCACGCACAGCAGGCGAUGCUGCACACCGCAGGUGCGGGCGUCAGCUCGAGAAACAGCCUCUCGCCACCUGCACCGCAAGGCAGUGGUGCCUCGCGCAAGUCCAAGCGCCGACGCCAUCACAGCCCCAUGGAGGCGAACAACCAGGCGGUACAGCACCCUAACGACCUGUGUGCGUCACAGCGCUCCAUCUGGAAGAAGCUCUUGUGUUUGCGUUGA